AUGUGGCCCUCAAAGAGCCUUAAAUCAGGAUUUGUGGUGGAGGUGGGCAUGCAGAAGGGUGGAGCGGAAUUUAGGUUUGUGCUUUGGGAUCUUGGUGUCCACGUUUUGUGCCUGCCCUCUCUCCCGGAGGAAGGGCCAUCUAGGCUCUGUGAAAAGCUGCUAACUGGUAACAGGGCAGAUUGUGGUGAGCAGUGGGGGUGCGGCCUGGGAACUCUCCUGACCCUUUGGGAGCGGUUCCCUGGCGAAGGGCAAGUUGUGUCUCAGGAAGGUGGCUCCUGUGUGCCUGGGUGUAGCCAAGACUUGGCCCGGAAGCCUUCCCUGGAGCUGUCAGUCCAGGCAAAGCCAAGGGCACCUGAGCACAUCUGA